GGUGCCCAAAGGCGCAGGGACCGUGCGGCGCUCCACGCACCAGCACCGAGCUGCAGCCGCAGUCACAACAGCCGCCUCCGCCCUCGCCUCUUCUGCACGUAUCCUCCACCUCAGCGCUGUUCUUUUGUCUGUCGCCAUGUCCUCCGCUGUCACCGAGACCCAGGAGUCCUCCGGCAGCUCCCCGCUCACUCCUCUGAAGCUCGUGGGACUCGUGUGCGUCUUCUUGGCGCUGUGCCUGGAUGUGGGUGCCGUGAUGAGUCCCGCGUGGGUGACCGCUGAUGACCAGUACUACCUGUCUCUGUGGGAGUCCUGCUGGAAACCUGCGAGCACCGAGAACUGGCAAUGCAGCAGCACGUUAGGAUCAGACUGGCAGGUUGCCACGCUGGCCUUGUUGCUAGGGGGCGGGGCCUUGGUGCUGAUGUCAUUCCUGGUGGCCCUGGUUGCGGUGUGCAUCGGGACGAGACGGCGCUUCUAUGGCCCUGUUGCUUGUAUGCUAUUUGCCGCAGUUGUCCUUCAAGCCUGCAGUCUGGUCCUCUACCCCAUCAAGUUCAUCGAAAGCAUCAACCUGCGAAUCUACCACGAAUUCAACUGGGGUUACGGUUUGGCCUGGGGAGGGACCAUCUUCUCUUUCGGAGGGGGGAUCUUGUAUUGCCUCAACCCCAAAAACUACGAGGAUUACUACUAACUGAAACUGCAAAAUCCCACAUUGGUAAAACUGUUUUGUGGCUUGACUUCCAUGACUGCGAGGAACUGUCCGAGCUGGAUCCAAGCCGCUGAUAAGUGUCCACCUCUGCCUCCGAAACGCUAGCACUGUGACUGGUUCCUUCGCCAAUCUGCGCCAAACGAGAACCGAGAUUUACGCAUUCAUUCAGGGGUAGGG